AGUUCGAUACACUUUUGUUUAAAUCAUAAAUAUCAGUUAACUACAAGUAAAAAAGGUCGACUCUUUCUUCUUCCCCUGAAAAUUCUCAUUUUGACUUCCUCAACCCUAACCCUAAUCGACAUUGCAAAAAUGUCUCACCUUGACGAUCUUCCUCCCACUCCCGGAAAGUACAAAGUUCUGCCGUACCACCGUUACCUCCGCCUCUCGAAACUCACGCUCUGGGCUUCCCUCUUCCUCGCUCUCUUCCUCUUCUACCUCGUCUUAUCUCCUCCUCCGCCGUCUCCUUCUCGCCACCGCAGCCUCAACGAUUCCUCCGCCAAGUACGGCGGCUCUCACUGGGAGAAACAAGUCCGUAAAUCCGCUCGUCCUCGCUCUCCCGGCGGUUUAACGGUUCUAGUCACCGGAGCCGCCGGGUUCGUCGGUACACACGUCUCGAUCGCGUUGCGGAAACGCGGCGACGGGGUCCUGGGUCUCGACAACUUCAACCGGUACUACGAUCCGAAGCUGAAACGAGCGAGACAAGGGCUUUUGGAGAGAUCAGGCGUCUUCGUCGUGGAAGGAGACAUAAACGACGCCGUUUUGCUGAGGAAGCUCUACGACGUCGUCCUCUUCACACACGUCAUGCAUCUCGCCGCUCAAGCCGGUGUUCGUUACGCGAUGCAGAACCCGGGGUCGUAUGUGAACAGCAACAUCGCUGGGUUCGUGAAUCUACUUGAAGUCUCGAAAGCUGCGAGUCCUCAGCCUGCGGUUGUCUGGGCUUCGUCUAGUUCUGUUUACGGUCUGAAUUCGAAAGUACCCUUUUCGGAGAGGGACCGUACGGACCACCCGGCGAGUUUAUACGCAGCGACGAAGAAAGCAGGUGAAGGAAUCGCGCAUACUUAUAACCAUAUAUACGGGUUGUCGUUAACCGGUUUGAGAUUCUUCACGGUUUAUGGGCCUUGGGGGAGACCAGACAUGGCCUACUUCUUCUUCACUAAAGAUAUACUCAAAGGGAAGACGAUUACAGUGUUUGAGUCUCCUGAUAAAGGUAGUGUUGCUAGGGACUUCACUUACAUUGAUGAUAUUGUGAAAGGCUGUUUAGGUGCGUUGGAUACUGCUGAGAAGAGUACUGGUAGUGGUGGGAAGAAGAAAGGUCCUGCCAUGUUUAGGAUUUACAAUUUGGGGAAUACUUCUCCUGUUCCUGUUACUAAGCUUGUGACGAUAUUGGAGAAGCUUUUGAAGAUGAAAGCUAAGAGAAAGGUUAUGCCUUUACCGAGGAAUGGGGAUGUUGAGUUCACUCAUGCUAAUAUCACGUUGGCGCAAACAGAGAUUGGUUAUAAACCUGAGGUUGAUCUUGAGACGGGUUUGAAGAAGUUUGUGAAAUGGUACUUGGGUUUUUACUCAGGCUCGAAGAAGAAGAGUUCUUGGUGAGAGAUCUCUUACUCUCUCUGGCCCUAGUUGGCUCCACUGUUAAUAAACAAACACAUGGUUAUCUCUCAACAUAAAAGCUAUCUACAUAUCUUGCAUUGUUUCUGGUUUGCUAGAUUUUGCUUCAUUUUUUUGUUAGUAGAUUUUGAGCAAUGUACAGCUUCAGGACUUAUUACAUGUUUUUUCGGUGGUGGAAAC